UUUUACGGAGUGAGGGUGGAAGAAAACCGCAAAGGAGAGUCUCAUACAGCUAGCUAGCUAGCGCAUUAGCUACAUAUUUUGAGCUGAACCUGAACGAUAAACUGUUUUCUCACCAACUUGCUGUUUGUUCUUCACAAAAUAAUCAAAACAACUCAAGACACAGAGCGCCUGCUCUGCAGGAAGCACGCCGUCGGGCCUUGGGGAAUAUCGGCACAUUGCAUGUAGCUGGCUAGCCUGGUUGCUAGCUAGCGGUUGGAAACGCUCAUCGUUUCAUUUGAUUCGCCACUCCCGAAAGGCUACAGAGUUGAGAGGGCUUGGUUGCUUUCUAAAAUGAUCAUAGAAAACCUCGAUGCCUUGAAGUCGUGGCUUUCAAAAACCCUCGAACCCAUAUGUGAUGCAGAUCCUUCAGCCCUUGCUAAAUAUGUUGUUGCCUUAGUGAAGAAGGAUAAAUCGGAGAAGGAGUUGAAAGCACUAUGCAUUGACCAGUUGGAUGUAUUUCUUCAGAAAGAAACGCAGACAUUUGUGGAUAAACUUUUCGAAGCUGUGAACACAAAGAGUUAUCUACCUCAAUUUGAGCAGCCAUCUUCAGCUGGAAGAGUGGAAGUUCACCAGCGGCAAGAAAAAGAUGACCUGAAAAAAGAUGAGCCAAACAAAGAGGAUGACCGAGAAAAGAAAUUCUCCAGGAGAGUGAAUCACAGCCCUCAGCAGUCCAGCUCGCGAUACAGAGACAACAGGAGAGGGGACGACCGCAAGAAGGAUGACCGCUCCAGGAAGCGAGACUACGACCGCAAUCCCCCGAGGCGGGACUCCUACAGGGACCGCUACAACCGCCGGCGAGGCCGCAGCCGCUCCUACAGCCGCAGCCGCAGCCGCAGCUGGAGCAAGGACCGCCCCCGCGAACGCGACCGCGACCGCGACCGGGAGAGAGACCGCGACAGAGAAAGAAGCAGGAGUCGGUCUAGGAGCCCAAGCAGGACAAGAAGUCACGAAAAGGACGCGGGGAAAUCAAAGUACGACCACGACCGCGCAGAGAGAUGCGAGCCCACCGAGAGCUACACUCCGGCGCCCUUGGUCUCCAACGUGUCGUCGAGCCACUUCCCGGUCCCAACGCUCAGCAGCACCAUCACCGUCAUCGCUCCCACACACCACGGCAACAGCACCACGGAGAGUUGGUCCGAGUUCCGCGAGGACCACCAGCUGGAGCACGGCUCCUACGGGCGAGGGCCUCCUCAGAGGAAGCGAUGCCGGGACUACGACGAGAAAGGCUUCUGUAUGCGUGGGGACAUGUGUCCGUUUGAUCAUGGCAGUGACCCCGUGGUGGUGGAGGACGUGAACUUGCCCAACAUUCUUCCAUUUCAAGCUCCGCCUCUUCCUGUGGUGGACGCCCCUCCUCCCCCUGGUCUUCCUCCUCCGCUUCCUCUGAUGACGCCCCCGCCCGUCAACCUGCGACCCCCGGUCCCCCCACCAGGGGCGAUGCCCCCCAGCCUACCCCCUGUGGCAGGCCCACCCCCACCCCUCCCUCCUCUGCAGCCUUCCGGAAUGGAUGCACCCCCAAACUCCAUCACCAGCUCUGUGCCCACCAUUGUCACAUCAGGGGUGCGCCUACCCCCUCCUCAAGCCCCGCCCCCUCUCUUCACCUCAGACACUUACGAGCCUGAUGUGUACAACCCGGAGGCCCCCAGUAUCACCAGCACCUCCAGACCAGUGUACAGACACAGAGUGCAUGCCCAAAGACCCAACCUCAUCGGCCUGACUAUGGGAGAAGUGGAUCUGCCUCCUCGAGAAAAAACUGCAAGCAACAACAACAUGAGAAUAGUGGUUGAGUCUGACCCCAGGAAGCGAUCAGCUGGUCCGAUCGAUGGAGGCAUUCCCCCAAAAAAGCCAUGGUUCGACAAGCACGGCUUCAAUAAGCCCAAUCACCAAGGAUUUCACAAGAAGAUGCCGUGUGCAAAUGCAAAGCUGGACGUGAGGCAGAUCCCAGCAGAGCUCAACAACAUCAGCAAACUUAAUGAACACUUCAGUAAAUUUGGAACCAUUGUUAACCUGCAGGUGGCUUAUCAGAACGACCCAGAAGGGGCCCUUAUCCAGUUCUCUACACACGAGGAGGCCAAGAGAGCCAUUCUCAGCACAGAGGCCGUGCUCAACAACCGCUUCAUCAGAGUCUACUGGCACCGCGAGGAGAUGCAGUCACAGCCUCCCUCACAGACGGGCCUCCAGUCUGCCCCGCACCCCCCUGUGACUACCCUGAAGCAGUCAGUGAAAGAUCGCCUGGGCCCCAUACCAACCAGCGACCCAGAGCCUUCACAGGACUGCAGCGUGGCCUCCCAGAGUGCUGCAAAAAUGUCAGUGAAAGACCGUUUGGGCUUUUCUUCAAAACCAACAGUUGCUGCAGGAAAGGUUUUUUCAACUUCCACGGGACUCACAAAAACGGUGUACAACCCAGCGGCGCUGAAAGCAGCCCAGAAGACCUUGCCUUUCCCAAGCCCCGCAUUCUCUGAUGAGGCUUUGAAGAAGAAACAGGAAGCACUAAAGCUUCAACAGGAUGUCCGGAAAAAGAAACAGGAAAUUCUGGAAAAACACAUUGAAACACAGAAGUUAUUGAUCUCCAAACUGGAGAAGAACAAAUCUAUGAAACCUGAAGAUAAAGCUCAAAUAAUGGAGACACUGACGACACUGACUAAAAACAUAACCAAACUACAAGCUGAAAUCAAAGCCAUCUCCAGCGGAAAUCCUCAGAAAACUGUGAAAAGCAAAGCUCAGGCCCAGAAGGAGUUGCUGGACACAGAAUUGGAUUUGUACAAGAAGAUGCAAGCAGGAGAAGACAUUGCACAGCUGAGGAUAAAAUACACACAGCUGCAGUUGGAGGCCGCCAAAAGAGGGAUCCUGGCAUCUGGGCGUGGGAGGGGUGGCCAUGCCCGGGGCCGUGGGGCCCUCCGUAGCAGGGGUCGAGGAAUUCGAGGGCGUGGGCGAGGUGCCCCGAUUCACGCUGUGGUUGACCACCGGCCGCGUGCGUUGGAUAUCUCAGGCUUCACAGAAUCGGACAGAGUGGACCUGCUCCCACACUUUGCACAAUUUGGCGAGAUUGAAGAUUGCCAGAUUGAUGACUCUGCCAACACUGCGGUCAUCACCUUCAGCACGCGGGCGGAAGCGGAGGUGGCUGCGGUUCACGGGGUGAAGCUGAAUAAUCAGGAGCUGAAGCUGGCCUGGCACAAACCCUCAGCCCCUCUCAGUGCUGCCGACCCUGACGAGGCCGAGCCAGAGGAUGACGAGUUCCAAGAGCAGUCUCUGGUGGACGACGCCUUGCUGCAGGACGAUGACGAAGAGGAUGAUGACAACGAGCCGCGGUCCUGGCGCAGAUGAAGAGGCCUCCACUGUCAGCUGCUGGAACACCACCAGACUUGAUUAUACAGCUUUGUUUUUAACAGCUAGUUACAUUUGAUUAGAUCUUAACAUUUAAUACAGUUUUGCAAAGCAAGUACUACCAAGAGUACUGUGUGAUUAUUCAAAAUACUGUAAAUACAAUGUGAGGUAAAGGAAGGCUUUUUACAUAAUGUUCAAUAACCUUCAGUGGGUACUAAUUUUUUGUUUGUUUUUUUGAUUUUUCUUUUAAUUUGGUCUAAAAUGUCUGACCAGAUUUCUUUUAUUGACACGUGGUUCCAUAUUAUGGAAUGGAUGGAUGUUGAAACCCUUGAUGAAUGUUUGAAGCAUAGAGACAACCAUGAGACUUGUUUGGGUAAAGUUACUAAAGUUGCAUAGUAGGCUUUACUGUGUAUAAUUAGCCUUUUGGUAGUUGCUUUUGUGUAUAUAUUUUAUGUAUGAAUUUUAAUGAUUUGUAUGAUGGCUUUGCUUCAAUUCUUUGCCUUUAUUUUGAAAUGUAACAAUAAAGAAUUGAAAUGGUCUGAAACUUAACUGCAAACAAAAAAAGAAAAAAAAAACACAUUGGAAAAGAGGCAAAAGAUGGGAAAAAAAACAC